AUGUCUCCGCCAACCAAGGUCACCUUUCCAUCUUUCCUGCUGCAGGUCAGCGGCGAGCUCUAUGCUCCCGUUGCCGGCUCCCCUGAUCGCAAGGGUGCUGCCGUUGUGAUCAGUCACCCUAUGACCGGUGUCAAAGAGCAAACCUCUGCAGACCAUGCUCGAUUGCUUUCUAAGGCUGGUUUUUAUGCUCUCACGUUCGACGCGGGGUUCCAGGGCGAAAGCACCGGUCAGCCGCGUGGCCUUGAAGACCCUCAUCAGAGAGUAGAGGACAAUAAGGCUGCUGUGAGCUACCUGACCACUCUUGAGGGCAAGGUUGACCCUAGCCGUAUUGGUGUCCUCGGAAUUUGCGCUUCGGGUGGUUAUACGUCCUAUGCCGCGCAGAGUGACUCGCGAAUCAAGGCCCUGGCCACUGUUAGUGCCGCUUGCGUCGGUCGCAUGACUCGCAAUGGAGGUCUAUACAAGGAGAAUAACAAGGAACUCCCUGAGGCUAUUGCUGGAGCUCUUCAAGCGGCCGGAGAAUGGCGAAAUAAGGAAGCUCGUGGACCUCAUUCGGAAGCCCCGCCCAUGUUCAGUACCGAUCUUAAGCAGAUCCCUGAUGAUGCCGACUCUUUCUUCAAGGAUGCAGCCAAUUACUACGGAUCCAAGCGCGGAAAUCAUCCAAGAUCGGACCAGAAAGUCCCUCCUUCCAGCUACGACCUCAUGGUCAGCUACGACUCAUUCAACUUCCAACACCUGAUCUCUCCACGACCAUUGCUAAUGAUCGCCGGAACCAACGCUCAGACUCUUCACUUCAGUGAAGACGCAAUUACUGCAGCCCGUGAGCCCAAGGAGCUCUUCAUUGUCGAAGGAAAGAACCAUUUCGACCUCUAUGACGAUCUUGCGGUAUCUGGCCCAAAGCUUGUGCAAUUUUUCGGAAAGAACCUCUAA